AUGUUCCCGAAGUUCCUGCUGCCGCCAUCAAUCUUUCACCCCCAAAAGCAAGAUGCGGGGGAGUCAACUACCCCCAGAAGUCUCGAAGCCGGGCUUUUGAGAGACGGGUCUACCAGACAUAAGCUUCUGAAGGGCCAUACCUCAUGCAUACGCUGCUCGAACUGUGCCGCUCAUCUCUGCUUGUCCUCUCAAAUCAUUAGCAAGGGAUUCACCGGCCGCCAUGGCCGUGCUUACCUUGUGUCUGCGCAAUCUCCGGUCAACGCGCUGACCAACCCAGCAGACUCCCUUCCAAACACGAUACUCCAGGCCCCAGUGUCUCGCAACCUAGUUACAGGCGCACAUACAGUUAGCGAUAUCACUUGCGCAUUCUGUGGGAGUGUCCUUGGCUGGAAGUACAUUAGCGCGGAAGAGGAUUCACAGAAGUAUAAGGUUGGCAAGUUCAUACUGGAGACGAGAAAAGUCAUGACGACGGCUGCCUGGGAUUCGGCAUCUUAUGGUGCCGAUACGAAGAGGUCAUCUGCCCCAUCUGCGAAACCGAGAGGAGUGGCGGCAUCGAAAACAGCCUUGGACGACAUUGAGUUUGAUAGCCAGGACGAGGAUGAGUGUGAGGAUUUGUUCAGCGGAAUAUGGAGCCCCGGACUAGCGGUCCGGCGGAGGGAUCGGAAACUUGGUCGAAAUCAUCCUUCUUCCUCGGGGAUCACUUAUUGCUCAUGA